GGUUAUUUGUAAGAAUGCGUGGUUUUCGGUAAUUUAUAUAGUCCGACGCGACGCGAUGCUCCUACUUGGUUUUCACCAACAACACCGACAUAGUAGUAACCGUAUAUUUUUGCGUUUGUGGUGGUUCUAAAAUGAAUCAAACCGAAAGCAUUCUUUCGGGUUCACGAACUUUCGUCCGAUUUAUGGGUUAUGAGGUUGAAUACACAAAAUGGACGAUUUGUAUUUCUCUUUUGCUUGUAUGCAUAGCCUAUGACCAAAUCUCUUAUCAGUUUCAAAAGAAACAUCUCCCUGGUCCUCUCCUUAAAGUUCCCUUCAUGGGAUCGUUUUUGGAUAGCAUGAAGCCAACCUUUGAUAAGUAUAAGACCAAAUGGGAUUCUGGUCCUCUUUCCUGCGUUUCUGUUUUCCAUAAAUUUGUCGUCAUUGCCUCAGAACGUGACUUGGCUCGCAAAAUUCUGAAUUCUCCUAGCUACGUCCAACCUUGUGUCGUUGAUGCCGGUAAGAAAAUCCUGAAACAUACUAAUUGGGUUUUUUUGGACGGUCGCAAUCAUAUCGAAUACCGUAAAGGUUUAAAUGGCUUAUUUACUACUCGUGCUCUUGGUGUUUACCUGCCCGCCCAAGAAGAAGUGUACAACAAAUACUUCAAGGAGUUUUUGAACCAUAGUCAAGGUAAAUAUACCGAAUUCAUGAUUCCUUUCCGUGAUAUUAACGUUGCUACUUCUUGUCGCACUUUCUGCGGUCACUACAUUUCCGACGAUGCUAUCAAACACAUCGCUGAUGAAUACUGGCGUAUAACUGCUGCUAUGGAGCUCGUCAAUUUCCCUCUUGUUUUGCCUUUCACAAAGGUCUGGUAUGGUAUUCGCUCUCGUAAGGUCGUUAUGCAAUACUUCAUGAAGGCUGCCGCUGCCUCUCGUAAAAGCAUGGAAGCCGGUAACCCUCCCACAUGUAUGAUGGAGGAAUGGAUCCACGAAAUGAUUGAAACUCGCAAAUACAACAGCAACAAGGGUUCUGACGGUUUUGAAAAGCCCAGUGUCUUGAUUCGUGACUUUUCUGAUGAAGAAAUCGCUCUCACUUUCUUAUCCUUCUUAUUUGCUUCUCAAGAUGCUACUUCCAGUGCUAUGACUUGGCUUUUUCAAUACUUGGCUGAUUAUCCUGAAGUCUUGAAGAAGGUUCGUGAGGAACAAUUCCGUAUCCGUGGUGGUGAUAUCAAUGUACCCAUUAGUUUGGAAUUACUCGAGAAAAUGACUUAUACUCGCAUGGUUGUAAUUGAAUGUUUACGUCUUCGUCCUCCUGUUUUGAUGGUUCCUUAUCGUGUUAAGAAACCCUUCCCUAUCACUUCGGAAUACACUGUUCCCAAAGAUUCAAUGGUUAUUCCUACUCUUUAUGGUUCUUUACAUGAUCCUAAAGUAUAUCCUGAUCCUGAAUCAUUUAAACCCGAACGCUGGGAACCCAACGGUCUUGCUGAGCAAAACCCUAAGAACUGGAUGGUCUUUGGAAACGGCCCUCAUGUUUGUUUGGGUCAACGGUAUGCCGUUAAUCAUUUAAUUGCUUGUGUUGGUAAGGCUAGUUUGAUGCUCGAUUGGUCACACAAGCGUACGGCUGAUUCUGACACCCAAAUGAUUUUUGCUACUACUUUCCCUCAAGAUAUGUGUUUACUCAAAUUUAGUCCUUUCAAUCUCGCUAAUUUAAAGCUGCAUCUUGAAAAGGAAGGUAAAACGCAACCUGCUACUGCUACUGCUACUGCUAUCCCAACUAGCGCCUAGGCAUCAUCUCUAUAUGGCUUAUAGAGUUUUAAAGUAAGCUAACUUCGUUUCAUGGAUUAUAGAUAAAAGCAUGUUUAUGAAUUAAAAUGUAAGCUAUCUUGGUCUUUUGCUUUGCAAUUGGCAUAAUUCUGCUAGUAAUUAAUCGGCUGGAAUCUUUGGAAAAUAUAUAGUUACUGUUUAUUUUUACCCUUAUUUUUGUAUAAAAUUCGUGAUUC